CAUAAUGAGAAAAAGAGAGCAUUAUUUUAAAAAUGAUGUGUUGCCAUUCCGCGAGUUUUAGUUACUACGUUGCAAACGUCUACCGCAGACCGCAGUUGCGCUCAAGUGGGCCUCAAUACAAGAACAAAAACAAACAAUGACUACUACACAAAUGUCCGAUGAGCAGUUUCGUAUUUUGAUCGAAACAAUACGCUCUCUGGCCCCAGAACAACGCGACAAAGUAGCUGAAGAAGUCAAAUCAAAGGGAAGUUUUGCCAAUUGUCCAACAAGAUUUUCGGGACAACGAGAUCAUGAUGCUGUUGAGGUAUUCAUAGAUGCUGUGGAAACCUAUAAGGAAGUUGAACAAAUCUCCGACAAAGAUGCUUUGAAAGGCUUGUCAUUACUUUUUAAUGGUUUGGCCACCACUUGGUGGAAGGGCGUGCGAAGAGAAGCCAAAACAUGGGAUGAAGCCAUGGUCCUGCUAAGGGAGCAUUUCUCACCCACCAAGCCAGCUUAUCAAAUCUAUUUGGAGAUAUUUGAGACCAAGCAAGGUGAUAGUGAACAAAUUGACCCAUUUAUAUGUAAUAAACGUGCUUUGCUGGCCAAAUUGCCCGAGGGCCGUCAUGACGAAGAGUGCGAAUUGGAUUUUAUCUAUGGUCUGCUGAGUUUGAAAUACCGCCAACAAAUACCAAGACAUGAAAUUAAAUCAUUUCGCGACUUGCUGGAUAAGGGCAGAACUAUAGAAAGACGUCAUUAAAUCUAAGAUUUACAAUGUUACAUUAAAUUUUAAGUAUUGUGUUCAAUAUAACAAAAAAUAGUUUUUAAAUCAUUUUAUUAAUAAUGAAAAAAAAAAAUAAGAAAACGUUUCCAUUAAAAUAAAAAAAUAA